UGGAUUUCAGCUGAAAAAAUACUGGUGUAUUUGUCCGAGGGCUUUGAAUAUUUGGUUCUACUCCUUCCCCCGAAAAUGACGUUUAAGUUUACAUGACGUUACCUGAUUGAGUUCUCUUGGAAAGUGGAAUCGAAGGCCAAAAGAGGGAGGUAGGCUAGCGGUUCUAUAUACAAAAGUCCAUUGUUUUUUCUGUCAAACUUGACAUUAAUUUUAAAAAAGUUAAAAGUCAUCUCGCAUCAAAGAUUCUAUUCGAUUCGUACAAUUAAAAAGGAAAUAUGCAAUCGCACUCGCCGUGCCCGAUGGCCCAGCAGUACAUGCAGAUGGAAACGCUCCUCAAGAAUGCCCUGGACACAACGACCCUACAGAUCACGGGACAGAGCGGAGGAGGCUGCAUCAAUCAGGGCGAGGCGUACAUCACAGACAAUGGCACUGUAUUUGUCAAGAGUAACGGUAAACCUCAGGCAAGGCUGAUGUUUGAUGGAGAAAUGGAGGGUUUGAGAGCCCUGGCUGCAACCAACAUUGUCACAGUUCCAAAGCCAAUAAUUGUAUUGGACAAUCCAGAAGGAGGGGCCUGUCUAGUCAUGGAGUUCAUCGAGAUGAAAGGUCUCAGAAGUCUUUCAUCCAGGCUUGGCGAGGAUUUGGCAAAGAUGCACAUGCAGAACGUUUUAUUAGAGAGUCGGUCAAACCGGAUCACCGACAAACCGCAGGCUGAUUAUGUAGCUCAGUUCGGCUUCCACACAACCACUUGUUGUGGCUACAUUCCCCAAGAAAAUGAAUGGAACGAAGAUUGGGUGAAUUUUUUCUCUCAAAACCGGUUGGAUUACCAAUUUAGGCUGCUAGAAAAAGAAAAAGGUGACAGGGAAGCUAUAGAGAUGUGGUCAAGACUUCAGAUCAUAGUACCAAAAUUUUUCAAAGAUCAGAAAAUUAGACCUUCUCUAUUACAUGGUGACUUGUGGAGUGGAAAUGUUGCUCAAACAAAACGCCAUCCUGUCAUGUUUGAUCCUGCUGCAUUUUAUGGGCAUCAUGAAUACGACCUAGCCAUAUCGGGCAUGUUUGGAACAUUUUCAAAGGGAUUCUAUGACGCCUAUCAUAAAAUAAUACCAAAAACACCAGGAUUUGAAGGAAGGCAGAGGCUGUAUACUCUUUUUCAUUAUCUCAACGGCUGGAAUCAUUUUGGUGAUGGAUACAAGAGGUCUGCCAUGGCAGUAAUGCAGAGCCUGUUGAAAUGAUGCAGUACUUUCAAAUCAUUGCCGGAUGUGUGGUAACAUCGGCAGCGAUUAAAUUGAAAACAGACUAAAAUAAAUAAUAAGGCGCAACAGGCUAAUAUUAAAAAAUAGUUUAAGAAAGAAAAUCACUUCAAUUGGAAUUUAACAAAGUGUUGAACAAGUCUCAAUUCUCAAUUACUUUGUUUAGCUUUGGUGCGAUAAUUCAAGAUUCACCUAUAUUUGAAAACAGAUGAGCUUGUGCUGAUUUUGACAGAUCAAUACAUUUAUGUCAAGUUAAGUGGCACUAUGAUUCUUAAUAUAAACAUGGAGUAACUAAUUUUGAUGGUGCAUCUCAUUUGCUCAGUUUAAUUUUUAUAUUACUUAUAUUUUUUUAUAUAUAUAUUUUUUUUUAAGUGUCAAGAUGCACUAU